AUGUUUGCACUGAAGGCUCUAAGGAGUUUUUCUCCUGCGACAAAAAAUGUUUAUUUGCGGAGUAAACAGGCGUUCAGCGGCACUGUGUCUAGGAUGCAGCAUGGGCAGGUCCAGCAUGUGGAAAUAGCAGCACCUUUUCGACCUGAAACACCCAUGGCCAAGACUCUGAUGGACAUCGGCACCAGACGGAUCUUCUCAGAGGAGCAUGACCUGUUCCGUCAAAAUGUGCGCCGGUUCUUUCAAGAGGAAGUUGUUCCAGAUCACGCUCAGUGGGAGAAGGCUGGAGAGGUUAGCAGAGAGGUUUGGGAAAAGGCUGGAGAACAUGGAUUACUAGGAAUAUAUACACCCGAGGAGCAUGGAGGAAUCGGAGGGGACCUUUUUUCUGCUGCUAUAGUGUGGGAGGAGCAAAUGUACUGUAACUGCAGUGGUCCUGGGUUUUCACUCCAUUCUGAGAUUGUAAUGCCUUAUAUCAGUCACUAUGGCUCUAAGGCUCAGAUCGAGCACUAUAUUCCACAGAUGACUGCUGGGAAAUGCAUCGGGGCCAUCGCUAUGACAGAACCUGGAGCCGGCAGUGACCUUCAAGGAGUGAAGACAUUUGCAAAAAAAGACGGCACUGACUGGAUUCUUAAUGGGAGCAAGGUGUUCAUCAGUAAUGGCUGGAUGAGUGAUAUGGUGAUUGUAGUUGCUGUGACUAACCGUGAAGCAAAGACAGCAGCUCAUGGAAUGAGUCUGUUCCUGGUUGACAGCGGCACUAAGGGCUUCCAAAAAGGCCGCAAACUGGAGAAGCUUGGACUCAAAGCUCAGGAUACAGCUGAACUGUUUUUUGAGGAUGUGCGUUUGCCCGCUGAAGCUUUGUUGGGUCAGGUCAAUAAAGGAUUUUAUUAUAUGAUGACUGAGCUGCCACAGGAGCGCCUUUAUAUAGCAGUCAUGGCUCUUGCCAGCUGCGAGUUUAUGUUUGAAGAGACAAGGAACUAUGUGAUGCAGCGGAAGGCAUUCGGCAGGACCAUCGCUGACCUGCAGGUGGUGCAGCACAAACUGGCUGAGUUGAAAACAGACAUAUGUGUAGGUCGAGCUUUUAUUGACAGCUGCCUUCAGCUCCACAAUGAGAAAGAUCUGGACUUAAGCACAGCGGCCAUGGCCAAAUACUGGGCCACAGACUUACAGAAUAGAGUUGCUACUCAGUGCCUGCAGCUUCAUGGUGGAUGGGGCUACAUGUGGGAGUAUCCGAUAGCCAAGGCUUUUGCAGACUCCAGAGUUCAACCCAUCUUCGGAGGAACCAAUGAGAUCAUGAAAGAACUAAUCUCACGCAACAUCGUUAGUAAAAUAUAAAUGCAGGAAAAAUGGAGAAAAAAAAAGAAAAGAAAAAAAUGUAAAGUUAACCAUCUGUAGCGGGAGUUUCACUGAUUGUUUAUUUCAGAUGAGUUAUUUAACAUACAAGUUUAUGUCAUGUUAAAGUCUGCUUAUAUCAAAUAAUGUCUGCAGAGAGAACAUUUCUUCUGUUUCUGUUCAUCUGUUUCUGACUCUAUGCUGGAUGUAUGGAUAUUUUAAGCAACAUUUGUUUUCCAGGUGAACAGUUUUGCACCACUAAUUUGCUUUUUUUUUUCAAGUUCAGAUACUUUUGUUGUGUUUUGACUGCUUUGUAUGUGAAUACCAGCUUUGUAUGUACAAA